CAUUUUCUUUUGUUAUCCAAUUAUAUUAUAGGUGUUUUUAGUGCCUUACAAUUCCAUAUGUAAUUUAUUUGUUUGGAAUUCAUUUUUAUCCUUCAUAUCCAUCUUUUCCAUUUUUACUACUAGUGAUUUACAGUGAUUGUAAGGCCUCAUGAACUGAGAAAUGCUGUUUGUUGUAAUUAGAUAACCAAUAAAUUUAUGUAUAAUUUUACGUAUUUCUGCUGUCCAUGGAUUUUUCUUAUCUAUUGCUGCUUGUUUGGAAUUUCAUUCCUGAUUAUAAAUAUAGUUUUGGUCUUUUCUGUUGGUUAAAUAAUUUCGGCAAUGGAUAAAGGGGUAGUUUUUUGAUUGGAGAUUAUACUUAAUUCCAUUUUGACAAUAUACACAAACAAUAAGUUACAUAACUAAAAGGAAUCACCAUGUAUGGGCUGGUCCGGACUUCUAGGGAUAUGCUUCCUUCUACUAUUAUAGAAUGCGGAAAAUUAGGUUUCUUUUUCCCUCCAGCUAUCACCAAAUAGCCAGCAUUUUCUGGUGUUUUCUCCAUAAGUAGUGUUCUAGAAGCAACAGACACAAAUGAAUUGCAGUAAUAUUGCCAAAUACGCUGAGGAAGAUAGUUGUACCGAUUCACUUUAGAAGUGAUCAUGGAGCAACUCAGCCCAAUUCUCAAUAUGAAGAGGCUCUGAGUACCAUCUCAUCAUUAAUUACUCGCCGUGUUCGCGCAGAUGGGAAGAAUAUGGGCGAUCAAUUUGAUUUGAUGUUUCAGUAUAUCAAGAUGCUAGAUUUGGAAGAGCCCAUUUCCCAGCUGAAGAUAAUCCAUGUAGCUGGCACCAAAGGAAAGGGAUCCACAUGCACAUUUGUAGAGUCUAUCUUAAGGACCUCUGGAUUCCACACAGGACUUUUUACAUCUCCUCAUUUAAUUGACAUCCGGGAAAGGUUUCGAGUUGAUGGAAUGGAAAUAUCGGAGGAAAAGUUUUUGGCAUACUUCUGGUGGUGCUGGAAUCGUUUGAAGGAGAAAACUGAUGAGGAUGUGCCAAUGCCUACUUACUUUCGAUUUCUUGCUUUGCUGGCCUUUAAGAUCUUUACAGCUGAGCAGGUCGAUGUUGCAAUCCUGGAGGUUGGUUUAGGGGGAAAGUUUGAUGCAACAAAUGUGGUGCAAUCACCUGUGGUGUGUGGGAUUUCUUCCUUAGGAUUUGACCAUGUCGAGAUCCUUGGAAAUACCCUUGGCCAAAUUGCAGGGGAGAAAGCUGGUAUUUUCAAGCAUGGAGUUCCAGCUUUUACUGUUCGUCAACCUGAUGAAGCAAUGUGCGUUCUUGAGAAAAAUGCUUCUGAAUUAGGGAUAUCCCUUCAAAUAGCAUUGCCUUUGGAUGUUGACAUGUUGGGUGGUUUACAUCUUGGGCUUAGUGGUGACCAUCAAUAUAUAAAUGCAGGCUUAGCCAUUGCUUUAUGUCGUAGUUGGCUUGAAAGGACUGGACAAAUUGAAGGCUUUCAUGUGGAUCAGUCUAGUUCUCUACCAAAGCAGUUCGUUGAAGGGCUUGCAAGAGCCCAUAUGCAAGGGCGAGCACAAAUUGUCCCUGAUCAACAUUUAAUUACAAAAAAAGACUCUGAUAUGAGAGAAACCAAUUCUAAACCGGGGGAGCUGAUCUUCUUCCUAGAUGGAGCUCAUAGUCCUGAGAGCAUUGAGGUUUGUGCCAGAUGGUUCUGCCGUGUUAUAAAAGAAGGUGUUCAGUUUCAUGGAAAGGUUGAGGAUGAAAAAUUUAAUGGAAAGCACAUAACUGUACGUGGGUUCUCAGAGAGUGCCAAAUACGAGUGGAAAGUACCAGAUUUUUCUGGAGAAACCUCUGCGCAGUUCUUGUUGUUCAACUGCAUGUCAGUGAGAGACCCUCAGCUUCUUCUUCCCCCUCUCAUCAACACCUGUGCUCUUAGUGGUGUUCAUUUCCAUAAAGCCCUCUUUGUGCCAAAUCAGUCGGCCUUUAACAAAGUCAGCUCGCAUGCAUUGCCUUCAAAUGACCCCCCUGAUGUUGAUCUCUCAUGGCAACUGACGCUCCAAAGAGCAUGGGAUAGCCUUAUCAGGGAGGCCAAGGGUCUCAUCUCUUUCAUAUUGGUUUAUAUUUUGGAUAAUGUCAACAGCAAUUAUGCUCUCCCUAGAAAUUUUUCCUUGACAAAAUUGGGAACCAAUGGAGGCAAAAACAAGGAUUCUAAUUGGAAAAUGGAAGACAAUAAGGAUUGUCAUUUAAGUGAUGUAUUUCCUUCUCUUCCCCAAGCAAUCAAAUGGUUAAGAGAUAGUGCUCGGCAAAAUCCCUCUGUUCGCUUUCAGGUUCUUGUUACCGGAUCUUUACAUCUUGUCGGUGACGUGUUGAGAUUAAUUAAGAAGUGAAGCUCUCGUCUUAAGAUUUUGAAGAACAUGAUGUUCAAGAAGAGUAAAUUUUUAGUUUAAACUCUGUUUAGCCUUUAUUUGGGAAAUUGUUGUUGAAGUCAAUUAUUUCCAAAAGGGAAGGACUGGUAAUUGGAUAGAUUUUGACCUUCUAACGAU